AUGACUCCCCUAUCCAAUAUAUCAAAUGCUUUAUCUAACAUCCCUUAUAAAGUUCCGACAUCCUCAUCCAAGCAGAGGUCUCCAGGAGUGCACAACUUAAAACGAAAGUCUACACAUAUAUCUCCUAUACGUAUAUUCGACCUAACAACAGAUUCUGAGAGAAAAAAUGAUUCUACUUCAGCUAAAGACCAGAGAAAACUAAGGAAGUUAUAUUUGGAUAAUAGAAAAUUCAAAAAUAAAUCAACCAUAUCAAACGGUCAUACUUCGUCUGCAACGCCACCUGUUAACACGAGCCCGAACGGUGAUGUCUUCAAUCAUCGUCAACAUUUCAACUCUUCAAAAAAGCUCACACAUAUUUCGUCUCAAAAGGAAAAUAUCAGCUCUGACAAGACUCCUCAAUAUCAUUCUACAACCUUGUCAUCUCCUUCAAAUCUAAAUUUUAGGAGUCCACUUUCCAAUAUCUCAAAUGGUUAUUUAGAUCAUGGUGAUCAGAAUGUUGUUUGUGAACUAUGUCACGCUAAAUUAUGGAAAGACGAAUCUUCAAGAGGCAAUAAAACAGGGAAUAAAAUCUUUUCUCUCUGUUGUGGUUAUGGAAAGGUAGAACUACCUCCUUUAAAAGAGCCACCGCAAAGUUACAAACAACUUUAUCUUCAGACAGAUUCCAAAAGCAAAUACUUCAUGAAAAACAUUCGUCGUUACAAUUCAAUGUUUUCAUUUACGUCGAUGGGUGGGAAAGUUGAUUCAUCUAUUAAUAAAGGAAACGCACCAUACAUAUUCAGGCUUAGCGGUCAAAAUUAUCAUAAUAUCGGAAGCCUUCUCCCUACGAAUGGAUGUCAACCAAGAUUUUCACAGUUGUACAUAUAUGAUACCGAAAAUGAAACAUCAAAUAGACAGAAAUGUUUCUGGGGAAGCAAGCAUGCCUCUACAUCAACUGAUGAUUCAACUGAUCUUCAAAUUAUAGAAUAUUUGAAGCUUAUGUUGGAUUCAAAUAACGAGUUGGUCAAGUGUUAUAGGAUGGUUAGAGAUGUUUUUAAUUCAAAUCCUCGUGCUGACCUAAAGUUACGAAUUAUUGGAAAAAGACAACAUGAUGGAAGGACAUAUAACCAACCAACUGCUUCUGAGGUUGCCGCUUUAAUUGUAGGAGACAUUGGUGAUUUUAUAGAUAACAGAGACAUUGUAGUGCAAACUUCGUCUGGAGCUCUACGUCGUAUCAGUGAAUUACAUCCUUCUUACCUUGCUCUACAAUAUCCUCUACUAUUUCCAUAUGGUGAUGAUGGUUAUAGAGUUGACAUCCCCCAUAGAGGUGUUACGUCUAUGAGCGAUAGCAAGCGUCCAAACACUACAAUGAGGGAAUUUUUCGCUUACAGAAUUCAAGACAGGACCUACGCGAGAAUGCAGUAUUUGGCAUGGUUCAAGCAGUUGUGUAUACAAUUGAGUUUCAAAAGCGCGGUUUGCCUCACAGUCAUAUUUGUCUAUUCAUGCAACCUGAAUACAAGCUUCCUACCGUGGAAUACAUGGUCCAUGUGGUGCUCAAAAUGUUAA